UGUGUGUGAGAGAGAGAGAGAGAGAGAGGGGGAGAGAGAGAGCGAUAGGGAGGUAGAGAGACAGAGAGAGAGCCGCCUUCAAACAUGGCGUCUCCAGCGGAAAAUGACUAAAAAUAUUAAAACGCGGCCUACAAUCUUUCCACCUAGUCGUUGUAUGUUUGUAACUCUGCGCUAUUCUACACAGAUCUGCUACUACUAACAGCCAAACCAAACGCGCAGCAAUACUUCUAAUGCGACUUCUAUACUUGCAUACAUUAGCCUACUAGCAUCUCUGGAGUUUUAUUUUGAUGCGACGCUACCAUCAGCUAGCGUCUGCUAGCCCACAACAACCCGGGGGGCGGGAACGAUCUGCGGGCGGAAAAAUCACGAAUUUGGGCUCUUGCGCUAUUAAGUGGAAUAGUUACAAAUAACCAGGUUAAUCGAUCCGAAUAUUUCCGAUCGUGGAUCCGAUCGACGUGGUGAAGAGAGGAGAGGUAGAUUGGAGACGAAGACGGAGAAAAGGACGCAUUGGAUCAAAUGUUUCUCAGCCAAAUCAUCCAUCAUCUCCAUAAUGACUGUGUGUGCGUGUGUGUUUUUUCGGAUCGAAUCCCCCUUUUUUGGCGUAAAUGAUGGAGGGAUAAGCGUAGGAACGGGGAAAAAGGAGUGAUAUCGGUGGUGUUUUGGAAUAUAGACCCCUAGACCCCCCUCUCUUUUCUCUCCUCCUCCCUCCAUUUCUUCUCUCAAGAUGCUGUUUUCCACCCCGGACCUCUGGCUUAUCAAACCGGGGAAAUAAGCCGAGAUCCGAAAGCGGGGAAGAUAGGAUCUUUCGCCUCAUAAUCUGAUUUCUGAUUCCGACUCCCAAGUCGCUUUCGUCCACAUUGCACCAUCGCAUUAUAUCACACAGAUGGAUCGGAACUACCCGGGCGCCGGGUUUGGAGACCUGGCUGCAGGGGCAGGAUGGAGCUACGAGAGGUCGGCUAAAGCAAGUUUGAUGUAUGGGAGCUCCCGGUCGUCCCACCCAGACUCUGAGCUCCUCCACCGGCAGGCGUAUGCUACGCCCCAUCCCCUGCAAGGCUACGCCACCAACCACCACCCAGGAAGCUCUGGCCAGGGCGGGGCUUGGGGGGCUGCCGGGAGGAGUUUGGGUCUGUCGGGGCUGUUUGACACUGGGCUCCACCACGCCAGCCCGUCCGGGCCCGACGCCUCGGUCAUGAACCUGAUCUCUGCUCUCGAGUCUCGCGGGCAGCAGCCCCCUCCCGCCGCCUCCUCCCUGCUCUCCCAGUUCCGCGCACCCUCCUGGCAGACAGCCAUGCACACCCCCGCCCCGGCAGAGCUCUUCAUCUCUGGGGCCCUGCCCGGCUCCGCCUCCUUCCCCUCCUCCUCCGCCCUCUCAGCCUAUCAGCAUCCGGCGUCCUUCUCCAGCCGCUCCUUCCCCGCCGGCUCCCUGUCCCUUCAGGACACUCCCACCUUCAGCCCCACCUCCAACGGCCUGCUGUCCCCCCACGACCCCCUGCUCCACAUCAAGGCCUCGUCCCAGUCCGGCCUGGGCUUCGACCGCCUCCUCUCCUCCCAGAGCGCGUCCUACCGCGGCGGCCAGGACCCCGGCGGCGCCGGCUCCUCCCCGGGCGCCGGCUCCUCCUCCUCCCGCCACCUGCAGUCGCACCAGUUCAACCUGCUGUCGUCCCAGCUGCAGGAGCAGUCCUCCCACCAGCUGUACAACGCCUCCGUCUUCUCCUCCGCCCAGGCCCAGGCGGUGGGCGGGUCCCAGGAGCGCGCCGUGCCCCGCCAGGACAGCGUGAUCAAGCACUACCAGCGGCCGGGCGGAGCCCCCCAGCCCCACUCCCUGCAGCACUACCUGAGCUGCGGGGGCGCGGGCUACCAGCACCUCCCCUCCCACCACCGCCACGCCGGCCUGUCGGCCUGCAGCCCGCUGGGCGACCAGAGCCCGUCCGCCGAGCACAAGGCCAGCGCCCGGCCCGACCAGUACCGGCCCAUCAUCCAGCCCCCCUACUCCGCCCCCUCCUCCGCGCCCGCCUCCGCCGCCGCGGGCAAAGGAGCCAAGGGCAGCUCCAGCAGCGGGUACUCCUCGGCCAGCUCGGCCUCCUCCUCCAGGACUCCUCACACCCCCCCCUCGGCCUCCUCCACCUCCUCUUCGUCCUCCUCUUCCUCAGCUCCCUCAGGGCCCCACCCCUCCGGCUCCAGCUCUAGCUCCGCCCCCUCCCGCCAGCAGCCCCCGCCUCAGCCGGCUCCUCCCCCCCCCGCGCCCCCCCAGCCCCCCCCUACCUCCAGCUCCUCCGUCCCGCAGACCCUCCCCAAGGCCUGCCUCUCGGGCUACGGCUCCCCCGCCCCCCCCGUCAAGACCCCCAGCUCGUCCCUCACCGGGCAGACCCCCCCCCAGCAGCAGCUCCAGUCCUACUCCCCCAACCAGCCCCCGUCCUCCCACCUCUCCCAGUCCUACUCCCCCAACCAGGCCCCGCCCUCGGCCCACCUGCCUCAGGCCUACGGGGGCUUCAGCUCCCCUCAGGCCCAGGACCUGAGCUCCGCGGCGGGGGGGGGGAAGGGGUACGGGGGCCUGGGGGGCCGGAGCCAGGCGUACUCCGCCGACGUCUACGCCACCGACUCCGCCUACGGGUCCCUCCCGUCCUCCCUGGGCGGGGCCGGAAGCCCGUCGCUAGGAUACGGAGCCCCAGGCCACUCCCCCGCCCUUUUAAGGUCAGGGGGCUCAUCAGGAAGCGCAGCGUCCGGCUCCGGAGGCGGGGCCGGGGGUAAUCUGACCAAUGAGAGAGCGGGGAGCGGCGGAGGGUCUUAUCACAUCCAGGACUCGAGCCCGUCCCCGUCCGGCAACUCGGCCAUCAUCCGGCCCGGGCUGCACUCCCCCACCCAGUCCCCGGGGGGCGCCGGCUCCAACAAGUACCUGUCCUCCGUCCUCUCCCCGGGCUUCCUGUCCUCCCCCCAGGGGGGGUACCCCGACUCCCGGGGGGUCCCCUCCUCCCAGACCUACCACCCCUCCUCCUCCUCCAAACCCAAGGCCGACUCCUCCUCCUCCCUGCUGGCCCAGCGCUCCCAGGAGGAAGUGGACGACGAGGACUUCCUGAUCGAGCACCUGCUGCAGGCCCAGGCCAGCCCCGCCCCCCAGAACUCCCAGAGCGGGACGCCGGGCGGCGGCGGCGGCGGCGACGGGGGCAAAGGCCUCUCCUACGACCUGGCCAAGUCCUCAGAGGAGCGCUACCACCUGCAGAGCGUGAUCAGGACCCACACCGCCACCUCCAGCGGGGGCGGGGCCGGGGGCGGGGCCGGGGGCGGGGCCGGCGCGGGCAGCGCCAUCUCCGGGCUGGACACGCAGCUGGAGAUGUCCCUGAAGAAACAGCAGCAGCAACAACAACAACAACAACAACAACAGCAACAACAGCAGCAGCAGCAGCAGCAGCAGCAGCAGCAACAACAACAACAACAACAACAGCAAAGUCAACAGCUGAGGAGCGAGCGCCCGGGUAACAACAGAGGAAGUGGGGGGGGCGGCGGAGGGGGGGGGCAGGGGGAACCAGGGCGACCCAACGCACCCCACGCACCUCAUCACCAUGACAACCUGGGCUCGGUGGUCCACUAUGGGCGGGGGGACCCGUACUCCCAGCACCCCCUGGGCUCCCACGCGGGGCUGCAGAGCCACGCUCAGAUGGAGCUGCAGAAGAAGAGCCAGCAGCAGCAGCAGCAGCAGCAGCAGCAGCAGCAGCAGCAGGAGCAGUCGGACAUCCCCCCCUACCCCCGGAAGAGCAGCGAGGGCGGCGUCUCCCUGAUGGACUCCCCCACGGACCGCCAGCCGCCGCACCUGCUGCAGUCGGUGCUGGCCCACACGGCGGCACGCAGCAAGAUGGACCAACCCCACCACCCGCAGCACCACAAGAUGGAGGCUCACCGCCAGCACCCGCAGCACCAGGCCCACCACAAGAUGGACCCCCUCUCCCAGCUCUCCCUCGGACAGCAGCAGCAGCAGCAGCAGCAGGGCUCCGGGAAGCACCCGCCGCAGCCGCAGGGCAGCCAGCUGCAGAUCCAACUCCAGUCCCAGGCUCUGGAGGCCGCCGCCGCCGCCGCCGCCCACUACGGCCAGCAGGAGCAGAGCCAGGCCAAGCACCAGGGGGGGGUCUCCUCCCUGGACAUGCUGGAGCGAUCCCUGGCCCGGACCGGCGAGGUGGAGGAGGAGCGGCGAGGGGGCGGGGCUAGAGGAGGAGCGAGAGGCGGAGCGGUAGGAGGUGGCGGGGGAGGGGGUGGAGAGUGCCACCAGCAGGAGCAGCAGCAGAGGUCCCACCCCUCGCACCACCACUCCCAGCACCCCUCCAACUCGGACCUCCACCCCUUCCUGUCGGAGGCCGACCUGGGCCUGGCCUCCUCCCACAUGCACCACCCCCACCACCCGCAGCACGGCCAGCAGCAGCACCCCCACCACCUGCCCCCGCCCCCGCUCUCCGGCCACCAGCAGUCCCAGCGCGAGGCCCAGCAGAGCCUGCCCCAGCCCCAGGCCGGCCAGGAGCAGCACCAGUUCGACCAGGUCAGCCCGGUGGACAAGGGCGCCCAGAACCAGCAGAGCAACCGCUUUGUCCCGCUCACCUCCAUCUGCUUCCCCGACUCCCUGCUCCAGGACGAGGACCGCUCCUUCUUCCCCGGCAUGGAGGACAUGUUCUGCCCCGACGAGUACAAGCCCAGCUGCGGAGGCGGCGGGGGGGGGGGCGGCCCCGGGGGCCAGGAGAUGAACAGCGGCCAGCCGGGCCAGGAGGGCAUGGACUCCCUGAAGGGAGGGCCGGGAGGGGGCGGCGCCGGGUCCGGAGGAGGGGGAGGGGGCUACGACAUGAUGGGCCACCACAGGGCGGAGCAGGGCUACGGCCAGUACUGCCACGGGCUGGAGGACUCCGGCCCGGGGGGCAUGAACCUGGACCUGGACCCCCUGAAGGGCCACGAGCUGCCCUCCACCGUCAACACGGAGCAGCUGGGCCUGAUCCAGUCCCAGGGGCCCCCCAUGGGGCUGGGGCCCAACUGCUCCGGACCCAACAACAACAACGGCGCCGGCGGGGGGAAGCACCCGCCGGGACACGGCGGCGUCGGCGGGCCGCCCGGCGGGGGCUCAGUGGGGCUCCAGUCCCCGAUCUUCUGCUCCUCGCGGCCCAAGAAGCUCCUCAAGUCGAGCUCCUUCCACCUCCUGAAGGAGCGCCGGGACCCCAGCUCCCUGCCCAAGAAGAGCUACGCCCAGGAGUACGAGUUCGAGGACGACGAGGACAAGGCGGACCAGCCCGCCGACAUCCGGCUCAACAGCCGGCGCCGCACGGACCUCCUGCCCGACCUGGUGUCCAGCUGCCGCAAGGGAGGGGCGGCGGGAGGGGGAGGAGGGGGAGGAGGAGGGGGAGGGGGAGGAGGGGGCGCCGGCUCCCUCAGCCCCAUGAUGGGUGACCUCGACUUCUACCACUCCCUGAUGCCCCCGGAGGGCCCCAAGAAGAGGGGCCGCAAGCCCACCAAGCCCAAGAGAGAGGGGCCCCCCAGGCCCCGGGGCCGCCCCCGCAUCCGACCCCUUCCGGAGCCCUACACGCCCCGCGGCAUGAUGGGGGAGCUGGGCCCCGUGGCGCCGGGCGCCGGGUACAGCGUGGAGGGCGGGCGUGGCCGCGGCCGGGGCCGGGGCGGGCGGGGCCGCGGGGCCAAGAGGGAGGACAUGAUGAUGGAGAUGAAGGAGCAGGACCCCAGCCUCCUCCCCCACCAGCAGAUCCACCACGAGCCCAUCCCCCCGCUGAAGAUCAAGCUGCCCAUCGGCACCAUGGCGUCGGCCGACUCCCUGCUGAGGACCGACUCUCUGUCCGGGACGGACCCGGCGCUGUCGGACGGCUCGGUGGGCUCGGCCCCCUCCCUGGGGCUCAGCCCCGGGGCCCCCUGCAGCGCAGACAGCUCCAGGAGCCAGGACAAGAGGGGCAGGGGCCCGCUGGGGGCCGACGGGGGGGACGACGGCGGGAUGGACGACAGGGACCAGGAGAAGGAGGAGUCCAAGGCCGGCUUCAUGGCCUCCUUCCUGGACUUCCUGAAGACGGGGAAGCGUCCCGUCGGCAUGGAGAUGGACCCAGUCACCUGUGACUCCUCCCCCUCCCCCUGCAAGCUCCGCCCCUUGUCGCCCGUGCCCGCGGGCCCGACCCCGUCGUUCGGCGAGGGCUCGGAGGGGGCCGGCGGGGGCCUGUCCCUGGGGGGCUGCUCCUCCCCCAAGCGGCUGGAGGACGAGCUGAAGAGGAACCUGGAGACGCUGCCCUCCUUCUCCUCCGACGAAGAGGAGGAGGACUCGGUGGGGAGGAACCAGGACCUCCAGAAGAGCAUCUCCUCGGCCAUCUCCGCCCUCUACGACACGCCCCAGCUCCAGGCUCCGCCCCUGCCGCCGCCGGCCACGCCCACGCCCCCGCCGCCGCCGCUCACCCCCACCCUGCAGCCGCCCAUCCUCUCCCCCCAGCGCCCCCACCCCUCCCCCCCCCACCCCUCCUCCUCGCCCAACGACGAGCUGCCGGCGCUUCUGGAGAGGCAGGAGGAGCGGGAGGAGCCGGAGGAGGAGGAGGAGGAGGAGCAGCGGGAGGAGGACGAAGAGGAGGAGAUGGAGGACGGGAAGAUGGCGGCCAUCGAUACCCACCAGCACGAGCAGGAGAAGGGAAGGGACAGCGAUGAGGAAGAGGAGGAGGAAGAGGAGGAGAGUCUGGAGGAGCUGCAGGCUGAAGCACCGGCUCUGGAAGAUGCUGUUGCCGCGGCGACGUCCCAGGCUCCCCCGGACCCCCCCUCCCCGGCCUCCUCCUCCUCCCCCUGCCACUCCCCCCUCCCGCCCCUCUCCCUACCCUCCCCCGCUCCCCCCCAGCCAGAGGAGGAGAACGUCAGCCCCUCCCCCGCCGCCUCCGUCCCCUCCUCCUCCCCCGCCCCCCCGCCUGCCCUCUCUUCCAGCCCCCCCCCUCCCCCCUGCUCCUCCCCGCCUCCUCCCGGCCUGGACCAGAAGGAGUCCCCCCCCAGCUCCCCCGCCCCCUCCUCUCCGGAGGAGGAGGAGGAGGAGGCCCCGCCCCCUAAGACCUCCUCGCUGCACCUGGCCCAGAAGCAGGGGGGCGCGGCCAUCGCCGGGGAGAGCGAGGGGGACGAGAGCGAGAGCGGGGCCGAGGGGAUCUUCAGGGAGAGGGACGAGUUUGUGGUGCGCGUCGAAGACAUCCAAUCCCUCAAGCUGGCGUUACAGACGGGUCGUGAACCCCCCCCCAUCUGGCGCGUCCAGAAGGCUCUGCUGCAGAAGUUCAGUCCGGAGAUCAAAGACGGCCAGAGACAGUUCUGUGCCACCAGCAACUACCUGGGGUACUUUGGCGACGCCAAGCGACGCUACCAGCGUCUGUACGUCAAGUUCCUGGAGAACGUCAGCAAGAAGGACUACGUCCGCGUGUGCUCCCGGAGACCCUUGCGCCGCCACGCCCCCGGGCUCAGGCGGCAGCUUCCCCUCAGGGUGUCGUCCCAGCCCCCCUCCCUACCGCCCGCAGAAAAGGAGGAGAAGGCCGCUCCGCCCUCCCAGAGGGAGAAGACCAGGAGCCGAGAGAAGAGGGAGGCGGUGGCGAAGGAGGAGAAGGAGGAGAAGGAGAAGGGAGCGAGGGAACGAGUGGAGAAGGAGAGGAGAGUCCAGCCCCAGCAGCGGAAGGCGGAGAAGCGAGGAGCCGACAGGGGGAAGGAGAGAGGAGCCGACAGGGGGAAGGAGAGAGGAGCCGACAGGGGGAAGGAGAGAGGAGCGGAGAAGGGGAAGGAGAGAGGAGCGGAGCGCCCCGUCCGAUCCAAACAGACCAGGAGCAAGACGGAGGUGGAGCCUCCUCCCAAGAAGAGGAAGGAGUGGCAGAAGGAGGCGCCCUCCUCCUCAGACUCCUCCUCCGAGGCCAGCGAAGACGAACCAGCGGAGAAGGAGGUGCAGGAGGAGACCCGGGUUCUGAGGGAGAUGUUCCGGAGCUACGUUGAGAUGCUGGUCAGCACCGCCCUGGACCCGGACAUGAUCCAAGCCCUGGAGGACACACACGACGAGCUGUACCUGCCCCCCAUGAGGAAGAUUGACAGCAUGCUCAACGAACAGAAACGCAGAUUGCUGAGACGCAUUAGCAUGAGCACCCAGCACCAGGAGGUCCUACAGGCCUACCCCCAGAUCCAGGUGGACCCGCUGGACUCGGGCCUCGUCCGGGUCCGGCUGGCGGGCGACGCCUACAACCGCAAGACCCUGAACCGGGUCAAGAAGAGCCAGCCCAAACCCCAGGAGGUGAAGCUGUCAUCUGAGCUGUACCGUCUCUACAGCCUCUACCACUCGCUGCACCACUACAAGUACCACACCUUCCUGCUGUGUAGGAGAGAGAGCCACAGUGUGGAGCAGGCGGCUGACGACCCUGGCCAGGAGGAGGUGGUCCAGCAGUGCAUGGCCAAUCAGAGCUGGCUCGACACGCUGUACAGCGCCUUCAGCAGCCUGUUGGCUCUCAGCUCCAAGGCCUGACCCCGCCCCCAGGACACGCCCCCCAGGACACGCCCCUCGCCAUGGAUGACGUCGUGUGGACAUCAUCAGUGGGUGUGGUCUCUUGAGGCACAGGAAGUGAUAGUACCUUGAGACAGGAAAUGACCCCCCCAGAGACAGGAAAUGACUCGCCAUGGCCACAGCCGAAAGGGAAGCGAAUAACGUUUUUAGUUUUUACGUAAAUUAUUUUUUUGGAGAAUCUUUGACCGUGAGCGGAGGAGUGAGAGCGUGUGCAGAGAGUGAACGAACGACGUUUCUAUGGAGACUGUGUGUUUAAGUAAAAAAAAAUGUUGAUAACUAAACCCCAUGCUGUAACUGUGCUAGCUAGCCCGCUACGUGUUUACACUAGCUAGCUACCAAGCUCUGUGUCUACACUGGCUAGCUAGUUAUGUGUGUGCUAGCUAGAUAGUAACUAGCAUACACACAUAGCUGGCUACCUUGCUAAGUGUCAAUGGUAGCUAGCUAGCCUGCUAUGUGUCCACACUAGCUAACUAGCCUGCUGUGUAGCUACACUAACUAGCUAGCAAUGUGUACAUGCUAGCUAGCUAGUAUCUGGCAUAUACACAUAGCUGGAUAACCUGCUCCUUGUCAAUGCUAGCUAGCCAGCUUUGUAACAAUAUGGAAACAUGUUUUAAUUAUUUAUAAGAGAACGUUUUUAAUAGAAACUGUGGCAGGCUAACAUUUAAAAUAACAUUUUUGUUCCGUACUGGGAAACUUAACUAACCAUUACAUAUCCGAGAUCCGUCUUCCCCUCUGUAUAUAAGAGCAACGCCUGUCUGAUCAGCAAUCAAUAAGUCCAUCUACACCCUCAGAGUGAUAUUUAAAGAGCAAAUAGUCAUUUCAUUUCUAUCAUCUAAAUGUUUGUGCAUACUAUGACUUAUUUUGGAAACAAUCUAAUUUUCCAAGAAACUAUUAAAAAAAAGAAAGUCUUUGUGUAAAUAUUGUACAGUUCUUGACAAAAUCAUUUUCUUCUGUACAUUAACUUUCCUGUAUUUGAGAAACGAAUAAAACACGCCAAGAACCGUGUACUACUGUGUACUGA